AUGAUUCCCGCGCGGGAUCUGAAGAGGGCCGGGGCGGGGCGUCCCCCCACGGCCGCCGGCUUCGGCAGCUCGGGGAAGAGCUUCCUCAUUGACAAUCUGCUGAGACCCGGGGAAUCCCGGCUGGGGUCCUCGCUGGGGUCCUCGCUGGGGACACCUCUGCCUCUGCAGCUGUGCAGGUCCUCAGGGUGGGGCUUCCCAAACCUCACCCCCAGGGACCGCAGCUCCCUUCACACAAAGGCCAAAGGACUCGUCCCACAGCCCCACACAGCCCUGCUGACGGGGUGCGCCCCACGCCCGAACCCCCCACUCCUGCCCUGCUGCGGUGGGUCCAACCCCCCCGCCACCCCCUCCACUGUGUUUCCAAAGGGAGCAGGGCUCACCCUCUGGUCCCCAGACUCCAGCCCAAAGUCCCGAAGGGGUAUCCUGCGACGGGCCGUCUUCUCUGAGGAGCAGAGGAGGAGGCUGGAAAGGACCUUCGAGAGACAGAAGUACAUCGGCAAAACCGAGCGGAGCAGGCUAGCGGCUGACCUUGGCCUGAAAGAGUCCCAGGUGAAGAUCUGGUUCCAGAAUCGCAGGAUGAAGUGGAGGAACUCGAAGGAGAGGGAGACCCUCUGCGGACGGCCCUCCUUGGAGGAGCUCUUCCCCAGGAGUGAGCAGGGGAGCCUGGAGGUGCUGGAGCGCCCCCUGCUGGAAUCUAAGAGGGACGAGCAGAGAGCACAGCUGCUCCACACUGCCCUGCCCCCGGCCGCACAGUCUGAACCGCUACAGGAAGGGGCAGACCCUCAAACCCUGCCUCCACAGAUGGACGAUUCGCUGUUCAGCUAG